AUGUCAUACCCAGUGUCAGAAAGCGGGAUCCUGCUUUCUAAAAACAUUGCCUGCAGUAACCCGAUCCUGGCCAUCCUGUCAAUCCUGUUCAUAAUUCUCUCCACUAUCGCCUUGUCCCUCAACACCCUACCAGAGCUCCAGGUGCUAGAUGAGUUCGGCCAGGCCAACGACAACCCCCAGCUGGCCCAUGUGGAAGCCAUCUGCAUCGCCUGGUUUACCAUGGAGUACCUCCUCCGCUUCCUCUCUUCACCCGACAAGUGGAAGUUCUUCAAAGGUCCCCUGAACGUCAUUGACCUGCUGGCCAUCCUCCCUUAUUAUGUCACCAUCUUCCUGACGGAAUCCAACAAGAGUGUUCUACAGUUCCAGAACGUUCGGCGUGUGGUGCAGAUAUUCCGGAUCAUGAGAAUAUUGAGGAUUCUGAAGCUGGCCAGGCAUUCCACAGGGCUGCAGUCUCUAGGUUUCACCCUGAGGAGGAGUUACAACGAGCUGGGCCUGCUCAUCCUCUUCCUGGCCAUGGGCAUUAUGAUCUUCUCCAGCCUCGUCUUCUUUGCCGAGAAGGACGAAGACGCCACCAAGUUCACCAGCAUCCCUGCAUCCUUCUGGUGGGCCACUAUCACUAUGACUACGGUGGGUUACGGUGACAUCUACCCUCAGACUCUGCUGGGUAAGAUAGUCGGGGGUCUCUGCUGUAUCGCCGGGGUGUUGGUCAUCGCUCUGCCCAUCCCCAUUAUAGUCAACAAUUUCUCUGAGUUCUACAAGGAGCAGAAGAGGCAGGAGAAGGCCAUAAAGAGGCGGGAGGCCCUGGAGAGGGCCAAGAGAAACGGUAGUAUUGUCUCCAUGAACCUGAAGGAUGCGUUCGCCCGGAGUAUGGAGCUGAUGGAUGUAGUCGUGGAGAAAGGAGGAGAGGACAAGCUCUGUGUGGGCCUGGGCAACCACCUGUCCCCCAGCCGCUGGGCCAGCACACCCAAAUGCGCCGCCUCUGACACCAGUCUUCAUUCCCUGGAUAAGACGUUCCCCGAAUCCAUCCUCCUGGGAUCCACCCACCGCAUCACCAUCACCACCAGCAGCAGCCCCCAGCGGCGGCACCUCGGUAGCCCUCAGUUCAGAGGCGGUAUCCCCAAAUUCAGAGGCGGUACCUCUCAGCUUCUUAACGCUCAGAACCUAGAGUCCAUGUACAACGAGAUGGCCAGGUCUCAGUCCUUCACCAACCUCAACACUUCCUGCUCCCUGAGCACCGUGAGCACCUCAACCGCCUUCACCGCCACGACAUCCCCGGAGUUGCAGCAGCACCCGGGGUCCCCUCCUGCGCCGACCCCGACCUUACAGAAAGUAGAACUGGAGAUGCAGGAAGUCCUGCGCUCUUCUUCGUCUUCGACGGAGCUGAAGGAAGGUGACGGAAUACAGAGCCCGCCGAGCGUGGAUAGCAUCGCCACCUGCAGGGACGAGUUUGAGGAAGGUUCUGGAAGGAAGUUCGCUCCGACUCUGGAUCUCCUCCCAGAGUCGAGUGUCGAUGACGUCCAAAGCCCACACGAUACCACCCUCCUCAAAGACAGGAUGUAUGGGUUUGUUCCCUUUGACCAAGAUGGUGCCACAAAGUCCACCAGAGACGACGCAGAGAGCUUCAACAGAACUGUUGAGAACAUCCGGAAUUCCCUGAGAGGCAGCAUCAACCCUGUCGUCAAGGGAACCAAAGGGUUAAAGGUCAUUUUCAUCGAGGGCCCCCCCACCGAAGCCCCCCCGACGCCACCCAGCACCACCUCACCCCAGGACAUCAGCUCCAGCCUCCUGGAGGAUGAGUCCCCUGAGGGGGAGACCACACCGCUCCUCCCCAGCACAGAGGCCCUCGACCUGGGCACAGAAGAUGAGAUCUUCCCCCUGUCCCCUGAGAGGCUGAUGGUAGUGGUGGACACCCCGCCAGGGGAUGAGGACACCCUGGACCAGAGUCUCGGGGGUCAAGGGUUGACCAACGAGGAGAAGAACCUGAUGGAGACCACCGCGGGAGCGGCAGGAGGGGCAUCGGCGGGGAACUGCACCCAGGGUGUGGUGGGGGGAGGGGCAAGUGGGGAGGGUAAGGUCGACAUCAACCAAAGUGGACACCAAGCAGAGAACCACAUGUUCACACCAGAGAUCCCCCUGAUGACCGGGGAAAGCAGUAUGUCCCCAACCUGUGAAACCAGCAUGUGACUGUAGGGGGCGCUAUGAGGGAAAAGACCCACUGGAAUUAGAUUUAAAUAACCUGCUGAGAAAUACGAAGAAGAAUGAGAAGAGAGGGAGGAAAUAGGAGGAAAGUGAGAUGAGAGAAAAAGGGCCAGAUAGUGGAAGAGAUAUUUUUGCAUGACAAGUCCCUUUUACGCGUGUUGUUGUUUAUUGCCAAAACAGAGACUGCAGAGGUUUAUUGCCGAAACAGAGACUGCAGAGGUUUAUUGCCGAAACAGAGACUGCAGUAGUUUUGCAGACUUAAAACUUUUGGGGCUCAAAUCGAGAAACUCAUACGGACAUAUUUAAGAGGAGAACAUUUUCAAUCCUGAUGUAUAUUUCAGUCUUGUUUCUUUUUUUCUAGCAACAGUGAAAAAUGCUUAUCUUAAAAAUUUUUAAAAGCAUGCAUUUAAAAAUAGAUAUGUAGGUAUAUUUGACGGUUUGCUGAAAGCGCUCAACAUACUAUGACAACAAAGGCAAUGACAAUUCACAGAAGAAGAGGCAGAAAAAAAUCCACGUUCGCCAAAGGUACAAAUAUUUCUAAUGUGAGGAGAAAGGGAGUAAUGCAUCGACAGACCUCACACAGAGUCUGUGUUCCAAAUGGCACCCUAUUCCCUAUAUAGUGCACUACUUUAGACCAGAGCCCUAUGGCACCCUA